UCUAUACAUUAGUGUUUUGUGUCAGGCACGGCAAGUUUGAUUUCUGUUGUUAUCGUUGUUUACUAUGUUUACCAAUCGCACGAUAAUCCAUUAAGCGUUUACGAUGAUGUUUUCUUCAUUGUUCACUAAGUAAGAUGACUGGCGUCCUAGAAUAAUUCUUGUGGAUCGAAAACCUAUGGCAGAUUUGUUGAAGUGAAACUUGAUUCAGGGACAGUAAACAACCAAAUGGAUGUUUUUCAAGUUAUACAACUUUGUUUUAGCGGAUCUGUGAUUCUCCUCGGCGUAAGUGGAAACUUUCUUGUACUUCUCGCCGCUUACAGGGAAAAAAUGCUCAGAAAAGUGCCCUACAUAUUUGUUUUAAAUUUAUCGGUGUGCCAUCUUAUGGUUCUGCUUGUUCCCUACUUAAUCUUUGUGAUCGCAACGGGAUGUGGCAAGUGGAAAUUCAGUUCCUCACUGUGCAAAUGUCAGGCUUACCUAGGCUACACAUUAAGCACGGAAACUCCAUAACGAGCCGCACCGUCUUAGCAACCAAAAAAAUGUUGUUUAUCAAGCUGAGAUAGGGGACUAAAAGUCCCCUAUCUCAGCUGGAUACUCAGAAGCUUGUAACAUUCACUAUUCCAUUUAUCUCUGAUCAUAUUUCCCAUCUAAUACGAUAGAGGCGUCAAUUUUCGCGCCAUCAUGUCAUCAUUCUAGGGCGAGAAAUUUAAUUAAAGCGCGGCAUUCAACAAAUGUACGGCUCAAGUUUCGGCUAAAAUUAUUCAGUGCCGUCAAAGAAAAAAACAUAUUAUUAAGGUCUGCGUAUAAAGUCGAUCACAUUGCUAACACAGAAAAAACGCUUAAAUAUCUCCCACAAAAUGAACGGCUGAGUUUGUUUUUUCUACGGGUCAAACUGCUACUAUAUAUCCCAGAAGCGCUCAGGCAUAAUAAUAUGCCAGGACUUCUACCUGGAUGAACCAGAAAGGAUAUAGAACAACUACCUAUUUUUUUUCUUUUUACGGCUACGGUCGAAAUGCUAAACGCGUUAUAUAUCCUAGAAGCGCUCAGGCAUAAUAAUAUGCCAGGACUUCUACCUGGAUGAACCAGAAAGGAUAUAGAACAACUGCCUAAAAUUUUUUUUACGGCUACGGGUUGAAAUGCUAAACGUGUUAUAUAUCCUAGAAGCGCUCAGGCAUAAUGAUAUCAUGCCAGGACUUCUACCUGGAUGAACCAGAAAGGAUAUAGAACAACUGCCUAAAUUUUUUUUUUACGGCUAUGGCUCGAAAUGGUAAACGUGUUAUAUAUCCUAGAAGCGCUCAGGCAUAAUGAUAUCAUGCCAGGACUUCUACCUGGAUGAACCAGAAAGAAUAUAGAACAACUGCCUAAAUUUUUUUUACGGCUACGGGUCGAAAUGCUAAACGUGUUAUAUAUCCUAGAAGCGCUCAGGCAUAAUGAUAUCAUGCCAGGACUUCUACCUGGGUGAACCAGAAAGGAUAUAGAACAACUACCUAAUUGUUUUUUACGGCUACGGGUUGAAAUGCUAAACGUGUUAUAUAUCCUAGAAGCGCUCAGGCAUAAUAAUAUGCCAGGACUUCUACCUGGAUGAACCAGAAAGGAUAUAGAACAACUGCCUAAAUUUUUUUUUACGGCUACGGGUUGAAAUGCUAAACGUGUUAUAUAUCCUAGAAGCGCUCAGGCAUAAUGAUAACAUGCCAGGACUUCUACCUGGAUGAACCAGAAAGGAUAUAGAACAACUGCCUAAAUUUUUUUUUACAGCUACGGGUCGAAAUGCUAAACGUGUUAUAUAUCCUAGAAGCGCUCAGGCAUAAUGAUAUCAUGCCAGGACUUCUACCUGGGUGAACCAGAAAGGAUAUAGAACAACUACCUAAUUGUUUUUUACGGCUACGGGUUGAAAUGCUAAACGUGUUAUAUAUCCUAGAAGCGCUCAGGCAUAAUGAUAUCAUGCCAGGACUUCUACCUGGAUGAACCAGAAAGGAUAUAGAACAACUGCCUAAUUGUUUUUUACGGCUACGGGUUGAAAUGCUAAACGUGUUAUAUAUCCUAGAAGCGCUCAGGCAUAAUAAUAUGCCAGGACUUCUACCUGGAUGAACCAGAAAGGAUAUAGAACAACUGCCUAAAUUUUUUUUUUACGGCUACGGGUUGAAAUGCUAAACGUGUUAUAUAUCCUAGAAGCGCUCAGGCAUAAUGAUAUCAUACCAGGACUUCUACCUGGGUGAACCAGAAAGGAUAUAGAACAACUGCCUAAUUGUUUUUUACGGCUACGGGUUGAAAUGCUAAACGUGUUAUAUAUCCUAGAAGCGCUCAGGCAUAAUGCUAUCAUGCCAGGACUUCUACCUGGAUGAACCAGAAAGGAUAUGGAACAACUGCCUAAAUUUUUUUUUACGGCUACGGGUCGAAAUGCUAAACGUGUUAUAUAUCCUAGAAGCGCUCAGGCAUAAUGCUAUCAUGCCAGGACUUCUACCUGGAUGAACCAGAAAGGAUAUAGAACAACUGCCUAAAUUUUUUUUAACGGCUACGGGUUGAAAUGCUAAACGUGUUAUAUAUCCUAGAAGCGCUCAGGCAUAAUGAUAUCAUGCCAGGACUUCUACCUGGAUGAACCAGAAAGGAUAUAGAACAACUGCCUAAAUGUUUUUUUACGGCUACGGGUUGAAAUGGUAAACGUGUUAUAUAUCCUAGAAGCGCUCAGGCAUAAUGAUAUCAUGCCAGGACUUCUACCUGGGUGAACCAGAAAGGUUAUAGAACAACUACCUAAUUGUUUUUUACGGCUACGGGUUGAAAUGCUAAACGUGUUAUAUAUCCUAGAAGCGCUCAGGCAUAAUAAUAUGCCAGGACUUCUACCUGGAUGAACCAGAAAGGAUACAGAACAACUGCCUUUUUUUUCUACUCGUCGAAGUUCUAAACGUGUUAUUCUUAGAAGCGCUCAGACUUAAUAAUAUGCCAGGUUUCCAGCGACUGAUUUUAGCUGAUUUUGCGGUGCGCAAGAAUGGAUAAUUUACCCGACUUGUAAACAGAUAUUUCCUUCAGCCGAUUGUGUCUCAUGCAGGAGAAUGUCAUGUCUGCGUUGUUUUGUUUCUACUGAAGUUUUAUCAAAGAAAGCUUAAGCGAAAAUAGGGAGAUCGCAAUUUAUACUCUUACGAACUAUAAAUUAGGGCUGACCUGGAAGACGCGUUGAAUUGUGCCGCCAUCCUUCAAAAUAUAACCUGGCUGCGUUUAGGGAGACAAUUUCCUCUUCCAUCCAGAUGUACUUGGUAUAUGUGUUUGCGCGAAUCUUCAGACAAAGAAUUGGGUAUACACUGAUUCGAAUGGCUUGGCGAUACUAAGUGCUUAAGUCUACUUACCGAUUACAACAUGUUUUGGAAGUAUUGAGAAGCGCGCCAAACGAAGUUGUCACAGCGUUCUCGAGCGAACACGGCGCGACCUGGAUUGAUAAAAAUUACCAUUACAUGCAGGUAUCAUGCCAGUGAUAUCUCCUUUGGUCGCAUAGUGAAUAGCUUGUGAGCACAUCCUCGACUCUCGAAACAUUUGUCUUGCGCCGCUAUAGAAGUUGCUUCUCCCGCGAACCAUAGGUAGAUUUCCCGCUUAACAUAAUGUUUGAUAAUUUAUGCAAAAGUUGACCUCGUGAAAGUCAGCAGUGCAUUAAUCGACUCAAAAAUAAACAGACUUCCUAAAGGGUUUUGAACACGGUUUUAAUUAAAGUACUUUACGAGCGCUGCGGUAGUUGACCGCAAAAGUGUUACGGUGAUGGAUACUCAACGGGAUGAUUACGUCACUUCAUAGCAACCAGACGGUACGAAUUUUUUAACUUCCGGAGCGCUGAGGCUCGUAGUGAGUGACAACAAUGAUUCUAAUAAGCAUCAAUCGUUAUGUGAGGGUUCUAAAACCAGUGAAGUAUCCGUUCAUUUUCACCCAAAGAAGCACUUCAGUUAUGAUAGCGACCUCUUGGAUUUUGUCGAUUUUAGGCAACAUCCUUCCCUUGAUCGGGUAUGGUACAUUCACAUUGAACAACGCGCGCGAUUACAUGUGCGCGCUGCAAGUAUCUUCCAGCGUCAUCCAGAUAACGGUCGGAGGCAUCUUCGUCUUCACCGCCGCGGUGAUUGUCAUCUUCUGUUAUGUAAGAGUUUUCUGUGCCAUUAAGGCUCACAAACAACGAGUUCGCUUUCCUGAACAGAGAACAAUAACAAACAUGCAAUCAGGAUUUGAAAUCUACCCUCGAGAAUCAAGAGGGGAUGACAUUCAGGUUGCCGUAACUUUGUUUCUAUUUGUGGUUAUUUUUGGGAUUUGCUGGAGUCCUACUAUAGUUGCUGUUUUUAUCAACGCCAUCACUGGCCAGCCAACUUCACAUCUUGCAGGUAUCAUACGAGUGAACGUACUUGUAUUAGAAACUGUGUUGGACCCAAUUGUUUAUGCCAUAAGAAAUAGAAACUUUCGACAGGUUUUAAAGACGGCUUGUAAGAAACAUACAAGACAUUCGUGACAUCCAUCCAGCCAGCCCUGCAUCCAGCUAAGACAGCAGCAAAGGAUCAAAUUCUCUUUCGAAAGCACCCUGAAAUUAGUAUUCACAAGAGAAAGUUUAAAAAAGGUUGGG